GGACCUUUAUCAGGUGCUCCACAGCGCGGGAGCGAGGUCGGCUGCUCUGGGGAGAAGAGGAGUGAAGUCCGGCCGGGAACUGGUGAGAGCUGCCCUGGAAGAAAAGGAGGAUCGCUCACCUGGAGACCUGGAUCGUGGGCCAGAGCUGGGACGCUGGACGAAGAAGACCCGUGAGGACCCCUAAGGACUGUGCGGAGGUGGCGCGGAUCGUGGCCGGGGACAGGCAUCGCGGAGGACAACCCCAAGGCGAGGACCCCGGUAAAGGACCUUGGACCGGCUGAAAGAAGGAGAGGGACCCGAACUCCAGCCACUGACGGGAGGACGGAGGACAGCACGUCUGGAGGGAGCGUUCGGGAUGGCGCAGCGGUACCCAGACUGUGGAUCCGGACGGCAGUCACCUUACGAGGGCGCAUCCCCAGUGCAGUGCUCAGCAUCCCGGGUGGCACCGAAGGUCCAGGAGACGAUCGGAGGUGGCAGAAGCGCAGCAGCUUUUGGGCAGGAGGAGGACAGGCCCUUGGUGGUCACACAGUACGGGAAGCUCAGAGGGAAGACUGUAGCGGUGAAGGAGACGGACAGAACCGUACACGCUUUCUAUGGCGUCCCAUUUGCAAAGCCACCAGUUGGUCCAUUAAGACUUGCAAGCCCGGAACCCCCGGAGCCCUGGGGCUCUGUCCGAGAGGCCACAGAACAACCCCCCAUGUGUCUGCAGAAUGUAGAGAUAGCGAAACAAUUAAUGAAGACGCUUAAGGACAGAAUUACAUUACCGCCAGUGUCCGAGGACUGUCUGUACCUGAAUAUCUUCUCUCCAGCUGACCGAGAGCAGAACGCGAGUUCACCUGUGAUGGUGUUUAUACAUGGAGGCGGCUUGGUGAUGGGAGCGGGGCUGAUGUUUCAGGACGCAGCAUUAAGCGCCUAUGAAAAUGUUACUGUUGUCUCCAUCCAGUAUCGGAUGGGGCUCAUGGGUUUCCUCAGUUCUGGCGAUCAGAAGUUACCGGGAAACUACGGAUUCUUGGAUCAGAUACAGGCACUCCGUUCUGGCGAUCAGAAGUUACCGGAAAACUACGGAUUCUUGGAUCAGAUGCAGGCGCUCCGGUGGGUUCAGGGGAACAUCGCAGAUUUUGGAGGGGACCCCAACUCUGUCACUAUAUUUGGGGAGUCUGCUGGAGGAAUGAGUGCCUCUGCCCUGAUGGUAUCUCCCUUAGCCAAAGGCCACAGACCAAUUCCAGAGAGCGGAGUAGCCACCAUGCCAGGAUUGAUUGCCAACUCAGUCAAGGAAUUUAUUUCUAUGAAAAAUAGACGGUUGCGGCUGUGACGAAGAUUUCUCUUCUAAGAAAGGCUUAUUAGCCCCUGCUGCUAUUGAAAUGCUUAAUAUAUGUAGUCCUCCUGAUUUUCUAUAUUUCUAUUCAGCAAUCACCUGUAAUUCCUCCAAUCUGUUUGAACCAAAUAUCUAUUGUUGGAAAUAGAUCAUAACGGGUGUUUCAUUUCAAUAAAGCUUAAUUGUUUGUGAAAA